GACCCAUGGGGAACAGGAGAAAAGUCUCAGUGGAGCUGGGCAGGGGGCUCAGAAAAGUCCCUGAGAAUGUGGACAGGACCUGGCCCUGUCAGCCCGGAGCCUCUAGGAUGCUAAACCUGGCUAGGACGAAAGAGGGCUGGGUGUGGAGGCCCCAAAUUGGGAUGAGGACGCGAUAAAGCUGUAAACUGGAAAGUAGCAAGGAAGACCCUGGCUUGAGGAGAAUAGAAAAAAGAAGAGAGGAGUUUGUGGUUAAUAGGGAAUGAGAAUCCCUGUGGCUGUGAGAGGGGAUGGCUAAACCAAGGGGAGCAGAUUGAAGAGACAGGAGAAAGCUCCUGUGGGCCUCACCCAGGUCAACAGUCACACAGGGAAAGCUGAAUCAAGUUAGGCCUCUUAAAAGAGCCAAGUGAGAGGCCCGCUAAGUAGUGCUGUUUUGGAGGAAGGUUUCUGUGUGGCCUAACAGUCAGGAAAGGGCUUCCUGGAGGUUGCGGACUAAUUUUGCUUUGUGUAGGGAGAGGAGGAGAAAGGGAGUAGAGGCAGCAGGAAAGGAUACAAUGAGGAAGCAAAGUAGAAUAGAUUUGUUAUACCUUGAAUGCCAGUAUAUGGAAUUGGACCUUAUCUUAAAUACAGUAGAGAGCCUACAUUAGUGUAAUAGCAUAGACAUUUAGUGCUUUCAUUCAGCAAGAACACUAUGUACACUAUGUACAAAGAAUUGUACUAGAUUCUUAGAUAGCAAGAUUCAGUCAUUCCACAAAUAAAUAUAAAAGGAGAUCCUGGAAUGGGAGUUCUUCAAGGUUUUCCUUAGAUAUGGUAUACGCCAAGAUUUCGAACUUAUUCUUGGCUGGACAGAGAGACGCUGUUAACAGGAUAAGAACAGUAAUCACUAACAUUUAGUGAGCCUUAAAGCCAAGCAUGGCCUUAAAAAGAUUACAAGCAUGAUCUCCUUUAAUUUUCACAAUAAUGUUAUGACAUAGUUAUUAUUAUCUCCAUUUUAAAAUUAAGGAAAUUUAGGCUCAAAGAUGUGAAUUUGCCCAAGGAUGCACAAUUAAUUAAGUGGUACAAUCAGGAUUUCACCCAGUUUUGUGCAAUUCUAGAGACUAGACUGUUUGGCCAUGAUACUGUAAUGCCUCUCUGAUCUAUGGAAGUCAGCAAGCAGUUUUUGUUUUUCAGAUAUAUUGAAUUUUGAGUGUAGAGCCUAAUUAUUUCUAUUCUUCAUAGGAAAGUACUACUUUUGGGUGUAGUGGGUAUCCAAAGGAUGGAAGUAGCCAACCUGGAAGAGUGGGAAGAAAAUUCAGAAAAGGCUUAAUAAAGGGCAUGUGAUACUUGAAUCCUGAAAGUGGUAAGGAUAUUCCUGGUGGAGAAAACAGCUUAACAAAGUGAAUCUCACUCACAGAGGCAGAAAAUAGUGUAACACAUUAGAUAACUGAAAAAUGUAGUUUAGUGUGGCUGAAGUAUAGGAGGCAAAUCAGGGAGUUGGAGAAAUUAGUAGAGCCAGAUUAUGAAGGACUUUUUUUAAUCAUACAUACUCAAUAGGACUUUUUAAAUACAGAAUGGUUCAUUAUGCUUGGGCAGAAGUGAACUGACCAGCUGCUAAAUGAGUAUAUCAGAUUGCUUUGUGGGAUUAUCUCACCCUUGUAGUGUGUAUGGCCCAGAAAUUCCAGCUGCCAACUAAGUGGCUGAAGAUGAGUGGACUGGAGUUUGAAUUAGACAUAGCCCUCCCAGGCCCAAUACUUCAAAGCAUCUUACCUCUGCUCAAUAUAUAUUACUUGGAGAGGAUUGAGGAAACUGCCCUCAAGAAAGGCCUCUCCACUCAGGCCAUCUGGCGCCGACUAUGGGAUGAGCUGAUGAAGACAAGGCCUUCCAGUCUGGAAAGUGUGACGUGUUGGCGAGCCAAGUUUAUGGAGGCCUUUUUUUCCCAUGUUCUACGUGGAACCAUUGAUGUGUCUUCUGACAGGCGUCUUUGUGAUCAGCGUUUCUCACCUCUUCUGCAUAGCUCCCGCCAUGUCCGGCAGCUCACCAUCUGCAACAUGCUGCAGGGUGCAACUGAGCUGGUGGCUGAGCCCAAUCGCAGGGUUCUGGAGACCCUGGCCAGUUCCCUGCAUACCCUCAAGUUUCGCCACCUGCUGUUCUCUGAUGUGGCUGCUCAGCAGUCACUUCGGCAGCUGUUGCAUCAGCUUAUUCACCAUGGGGCUGUCAGCCAGGUGUCACUCUACUCCUGGCCUGUGCCAGAGUCAGCCCUUUUCAUCCUUAUCCUCACCAUGAGUGCUGGCUUCUGGCAGCCAGGUCCUGGUGGCCCACCCUGCCGCCUCUGUGGAGAGGCCUCCCGAGGCCGGGCCCCAUCCCGAGAUGAAGGGUCCCUCCUGCUCGGCUCACGUCGGCCUCGCAGGGAUGCUGCUGAGCGAUGUGCUGCAGCCCUGAUGGCUUCCCGUCGUAAGAGUGAAGCCAAGCAGCCGGCCAGAGCCGCACCUGCCACUCGGGUAACUCGCCGCAGCACACAGGAGAGCCUGAGAGCAGGCGGGAUAGACCCUAAGAAGGAGCUGCACCCUCCAGCCACCUCCCAUGAGGCUCCUGGCACCAAGUGGCCACCCUCUGCUCCAGCCACCACCUCCUCUGCCUCUCCCUCUUCUUCCACAUCUGCAUCCAAAAGGGCUCCAGCUAGCUCAGCCCCACAGCCUAAGCCGCUAAAGCGUUUUAAGCGGGCCACAGGGAAGAAGGGUGCUCGCACUCGUCAGGGGUCUGGUGCAGAGUCUGAGGACCUGUAUGACUUUGUUUUCAUUGUGGCUGGUGAGAAGGAGGAUGGGGAAGAGAUGGAGAUUGGGGAAGUGGCUUGUGGAGCUUUGGAUGGGUCAGAUCCCAACUGCCUGGGGCUUCCAGCCCUGGAGGCCUCCCAAAGAUUCCGCAGCAUUUCUACCUUGGAGCUAUUCACAGUUCCACUCUCCACAGAGGCAGCCCUGACACUGUGCCACCUGCUGAGCUCCUGGGUGUCUCUGGAGAGCCUCACACUAUCCUAUAAUGGCCUGGGCUCUAACAUCUUCCGCCUGCUGGACAGCCUGCGGGUCCUGUCAGGCCAAGCUGGAUGCCGCCUCCGUGCCCUGCAUCUCAGUGACCUGUUCUCACCACUGCCCAUCUUGGAGCUGACACGUGCCAUUGUGCGAGCCCUGCCCCUACUGCGGGUCCUGUCUAUUCGUGUUGACCACCCCAGCCAAAGGGACAACCCUGCUGUGCCAGGGAAUGCAGGGCCUCCUAGCCACAUAAUUGGUGAUGAAGAGAUACCAGAAAACUGCCUGGAACAGCUAGAGAUGGGAUUUCCACGAGGAGCCCAGCCAGCCCCACUGCUCUGCUCAGUACUGAAAGCCUCAGGUUCUCUGCAGCAGCUGUCCCUGGAUAGUGCCACCUUUGCCUCUCCCCAAGAUUUUGGGCUUGUGCUACAGACACUCAAAGAAUACAACCUAGCCCUGAAGAGGCUGAGCUUCCACGACAUGAAUCUGGCCGACUGUCAGAGCGAGGUGCUCUUUUUGCUACAGAAUCUGACUCUUCAAGAGAUUACCUUCUCCUUCUGUCGUCUGUUUGAGAAGCGCCCGGCCCAAUUUCUGCCUGAGAUGGUUGCUGCUAUGAAGGGCAACUCCACAUUGAAGGGCCUCCGGCUGCCAGGGAACCGCCUGGGAAAUGCUGGCCUGCUGGCACUGGCAGAUGUUUUCUCAGAGGACUCGUCCUCCUCUCUGUGUCAGCUGGAUAUCAGUUCCAACUGCAUCAAGCCAGAUGGACUUCUGGAGUUCGCCAAGCGGCUGGAGCGCUGGGGCCGUGGAGCCUUUGGUCACCUGCGCCUCUUCCAGAACUGGCUGGACCAGGACGCAGUAACAGCCAGAGAAGCUAUCCGGAGGCUCCGGGCCACCUGCCAUGUGGUCAGCGACUCGUGGGACUCAUCCCAGGCCUUUGCAGAUUAUGUCAGCACCAUGUGAUGGGGCCCAUGCCUCACAGGCCCAUGCUCGGUUCCAUCAGCUUGUGGGGACUGAGGCAUGGGCUGCCCAGAACUCCCAACCAAUUCUGUCUUUCUCUUUCUGCCACUUUUUUCUCUGUUUUCCUUCAUCCCUUGCACUGAGGUUCUGGAGGCCUUGAUGGGGCCCAGCAAAAGCAUUCCCAGAACUGGGUUUAGAGCCUUUAGGCCCCUUACUCAGUAACCUGAUAACCCUGGGCCAGGAGGUUGCAGUGAUCAUCAGUCACUGAGAACAGCCCCCUUUCCCCUGCCCCGAGUUCCUGCUUUCCCACCUCAAGCAGGUACCCAAGCUUUAGAGAAGUGUAGAAGUGCCCACUACCAGACCUCUUCUCUGCUGGGCUCAUCAUGUUGCUCUCAGGCCUCAGUCCCUUUCAUACCUUUAUUCCUUUCUUUUUUUUUUUUUUUUAACCAAAAGUUUUUCUUAUAAAAUAAAUUUUGGGCAAACAUCA